AUGGAAUACGACGAUUAUAGCGACGACAAUGUUGUUAAAACAGUCACAAUAGCCUAUCAUCUCAAAAAUUACAUUGAUAAAAAAAAACGCAGUCGCAGGGCCGUAAAAAACAUCAACGACAGCAAAAACAUCAACAAAAUUGUCCGCCAAAUCAUCAUCAUCAGCAGCAACAACAACAGCAACAACAACAACAACUUCGACGACUACGACAACUACGUUUACAUCAACAACGAAUCCGACCGCAUAAAUAAAAUCGUGAAACAGGUAGAAUACGCAGACUACAAUAACUUAAACAACAUCAACAGCAUCAGCACCAUGACCACUCGCAACGACAACAUCAACAAUUUACGCGUUAAGAAAAGUAGUGAUUAUAGCUAUCAUUACGAAGACCAAGACACCGACUACCACAACUACAAAACUCACGACUACGACAGCAGCUACGACUUCCCAAAACACGACUACGACACCUACAAACGCGACUACGACAGCCACAAACGUGACUACGACAGCCACAAACGUGACUUCUUCUACUGCUACCAGUGUGCUUAUGACAGCAGUGAUGUUAACGAGAAUGAAUGUCUCGAUCCAAUAGACAGAGAACUUGUAAGAAAGACCAAAUGCCAAACAAAUUGUACUAUAAUAACCGACGAAUCGGCGGAUAUAUACCGACUCACGAGAACAUGCUCGAAUAAUUGCAAACCUUUCACCAGCCGGAACCACAACGUCACUUGCUGCACCGACGAUUACUGCAACGCCGCUGUCGACCUGGCCACUAAGAACAGUUUUAGUAGUAUUUUAGUAACUUUCCUAGGCUGUUUGCUAACUAUAUUCAGGGAAUCGCGCCAUUCAGCUGAUCGAUCUUUAAAAGUGGCAGCAAUUUUCGAUUAUUUGUCGAAAAUUCGGUACAUCUCUAUUCUUCCAAUGUUCAACAAACAGUCAUAUGAUGGAUAUGUUGAUACUGAUAGCACAUGA